UCUGGAGCGGACGUGUUUUUAGCCCGGCGUACACACGCUGGCAGCUGUAGCCUGUUAGCUCGAUGCUGCUCCGUGUGCCUGUGUUGCCAUUCAGCGCGUCAGAUUAGAAAAAUACACUCAAUCAGCCGCGGUUAAUUCUGUGAAGAGGCUAGCUCACUCAGCUGCCUACACCUGUCCUGUUUUCCGGUCCGGCUGAGGCCAGGAUUAGUGAGAGGACCUCUCAUCCGUACGUUAUCCACAUGAGGAAUGCUGGGAGCAUGCAGCCCAUGUACAGAAGAGACGCUGGAGUCUGGAACCAAACGAGAAGUCUUCUCUACAAGAAUCUGCUCAUCAAAUGGAGGACCAAGCAGCAGAGCCUGCAGGAAUUGAUCCUCCCUCUGCUCCUGUUGGGGCUCCUGAUACUCAUCAGCACCCUGAACCCUCAUGUUUACUAUGGCGGCAUCAGCACGACGGAGCUGGAGAGUGACAGCCACUUCUUCAAAGGCCUCGGCUACACACCAAUCAGUAACAUCACCACUUACAUCAUGGAAGAGGUGGCUCAGAAUAUGCUUAUGCAGGAUCGUCUGGAGAUGUUCUCCAGUGAGGAGGAUCUGGAGAACGCCAGCCUCUACGAGCCCUCCAGCUACGUUGGCGUCGUGUUCAUGGACAGCUCGGCCACAUCUUACAAACUCCGUUUCCCGCACAACCAGCUGCCUUUACCCAGUGACUACACAGAGUCUAUUGCCAGCUGCUUGUCGAGCUCUGUAAACUGCAGGGCUGCAAAUUACUGGUACUCCGGCUUCAUUCACCUCCAGUCUCUGAUCGACGCAGCCAUUAUUCAGAUGCAGACAAAACGUUCGGUGUUGAGCGAGCUCGAACUGAAGGCGGUGAUGAUGGGUCAGCCCGGCUCUGUGGAGGUUCAGAAGUUCCCCCACGCCCUCAUCUCCAUCUACCUGGUCCUGGCUUUCACGCCCUUCGUCACCUUCCUCAUCGUCAACGUGGCGGCUGAGAAAGAGCAUCGUCUCAAAGACACCAUGACCAUGAUGGGGCUUUACGACACAGCCUUCUGGUUAUCAUGGGGCCUCCUGUACGCUGCUCUGGUGACCACCAUGUCCAUCCUGAUGGCCAUCAUCGCGACGUACACAGCGUUGUUUCCUAACAGCAACUUCCUUGUCAUCUUUUUCCUCAUAUUCCUGUAUGGAAUAUCAUCAAUCUUCUUCUCCUUCAUGCUGACUCCGCUGUUUAAGAAGCCCAAGUUUGCCAGCACGGUGGGAUCCAUGCUGACGGUGGUGUUUGGCUGCUUGUCGCUCUUCACCGUCCUCGUGAAGGAUUUCCCACAGCCGCUGGUGUGGCUUCUGUGCCUGCUGUCGCCCAGUGCCUUCUCCAUCGGCAUUGCACAGGUUGUUUACUUGGAGGCACAGGGAGACGGUGCUGUAUUUUCUUCUCUGACUAAUGGGCCUCAUCCUUUGUACGUGCCGUUGCUGAUGCUGGUUGUGGACUGCAUCCUUUAUCUUCUGCUGGCUACCUACCUGGACCAGGUGCUGCCUGGUGAGUUUGGAAUGCGGAGGUCCUUGGUUUACUUCCUGAAGCCGUCCUAUUGGUCCAAACGCAGAAAGCGCUAUGUUGAGGUGAGCUCGGUGUACGACACUGAGCUGAAUGGCGCUCCUGGUGGGGACGAGUCUAUCGAGCCGGUUUCUCCCGAGUUCAGAGGGAAAGAAGCCAUCCGCAUCAAUAACAUCCGCAAAGUGUACAAAGAAAAGGACAACGUGGUGGAGGCUCUGAGGGGUUUGACCUUUGACAUCUAUGAGGGACAGAUUACUGCUCUGCUGGGACACAGCGGGGCUGGAAAGUCCACCCUCAUGAACAUCCUGUGUGGGAUCUGCCCGCCGACGAACGGCACGGCCACCAUCUACGGCUCGCCUGUGGCAGAGAUUGCCGACGCGUCCGAAAUGAAGCAGCUGGUGGGAAUCUGCCCUCAGUUCAACAUCAUCUUUGAUGUGCUCACGGUGGAGGAGCACCUGAGGAUAUUUGCUGCCAUCAAAGGGAUCCCACGAGCAGACAUCGACGCCGAGGUCACAAAGGUGCUGAAGGACCUGGACCUGGAGAAGAUCAUGACGGCUCAGGCCAAGAAUCUGAGCGGAGGCCAGAAGAGGAAACUGUCUGUGGGCAUCGCCAUCCUAGGAGAUCCAAAGAUCCUGCUCUUAGACGAGCCCACGGCCGGCAUGGACCCCUACUCCAGGCACCAGGUGUGGUCUCUGCUGAAGAGUCGCCGGGCCGGCAGAGUCACUGUGCUCAGCACGCACUACAUGGACGAGGCAGACAUCCUUGCUGAUCGCAAAGCUGUGAUCUCUCAAGGUCAGCUGAAGUGUGUUGGCUCCUCUCUGUAUCUCAAGAUCAAGUGCGGUGUGGGCUAUCAUCUAAGAAUGUCUAUCAGCGAGGCAUGUGACGCAGAAAAGAUCACGUCUUUGGUUAAGCAGCACGUUCCCAAAGCCAAGUUAUCCCGACAGCACGAGGCGGAGCUGACCUUCACUCUGCCCUUCGAGAGCAUGGACACGUUCCCAGGCCUGUUCUCGGAGCUCGACUCUCAACCCAGACUGGGAAUAGUCAACUAUGGUGUUUCCAUGACAACGCUGGAAGAUGUUUUUCUACGUUUGGAGGCAGAGGCUGAAGUGGAUCAGGCUGACUACAGCGUGUUUAAUCGAGAGCAGGCGGACGACGAGUGCGACACCGCCUCCCUGGACGACACGGACCAGAGGCUGCUCACGUUCUCCGACACAAAGUCGGACGUUGUGACGGGUCACGCCCUGUGGCGGCAGCAGUUCAGCACCGUGGCGUGGCUGCACAUGCUCAACAUGCGCCGGGAGAGGAAGGCCUUCAUUUACACUCUGGCCUUGUUCCUGGUGUUUGUGGCUGCAGUCCUGGUUUUGUCGCUGGCCACAGGAAACAUCCAGAUUCACUCCUCAGACCGCCAAUUUCUGCCAAUUUACCUCCUCAGGAGGAACCAGGCGCCCCAGAGAUACGCCACAAGCCUCCUGGUUCAGAACUCAACUGGCUCUGAUAUUUCCGAUUUCAUCCACAACAUCGAGUCUCAGGACAUCAAAGUGGAAAUGAUGAAGCAGAGCGACUACAUGGCGGCGGCUCCCCACAGCGCUGCCAUCAACGUAACAAGAUCCAGCAAGGGUUUCAGAUACAGCGUUGCAUUUAACAGCACGACUGUUCACUCCCUGCCCAUGACUGUCAAUAUACUGAGCAAUGCUCUCCUAAGAGGUCUGAAUGGGACCGGGCAGAUCCGAACGUGGACCAAACCCUUUGAAUAUCAAAUCCCUGAUGCUACAUCCUACGCGCUGGUGUACAUAGAGGCGAUCAUACUGGGAAUGCUGGCAGCUGGAAUGCCGGCAUAUUUUGCAAUGGACCACACUCGAGACCGAGAGAUAAAGUGUCGCUCAACUCUGCGCAUCUCUGGUCUCGUACCGUCAGCGUACUGGUGCGGACAGGCAGCGGUGGACAUCCCGUUCUAUUACCUCAUCCUGUCCUUCAUGUCCAUCAUCCUUUUCUCCUUCCACACCGGAAACCUGCUCAACUCCAGCAACCUCUCUGCGGUGGUUCUCUGCACCGUUGGCUUCAGCCCAGCCAUGAUUCUCUUCACUUAUGUGUCGUCUUUCGGCUUCGCCCGAGUCCAAAGCAACAGGGAUUUUUUCUCUGUCAUCUCCAUGAUGGUGUGCGUCGUGUCAGCCUCGGUGGUUCAGUUGUCCUUCGUAAACAACAAUCCAGCUUUGACAAGAACCCUGCACAACGUCUUGUGUUUGUUCAACCCGCUGUACCCUCUCAUGGGCUGUCUCAACUGCAUCACCAAGGCCACCUUCCUCCCGACUGUCUACGAGGAGAACUUCCUGUGGAAGAACCUGCUCAUUUCAGUUUUAGCUCCCUAUCUCCAGUGCAUCGUUCUGCUUUUCCUGCUUCGCUGGCUGGAGAUCCAUUCUGGAGGAAGGACGAUGAAAAACGAUCAGCUCUGCAGGAUCUCAUCCCAGUCCAAGGCCAAGGUGGAGAGGAACCUAGAAGAAGGCCAGAAUGAAGACGAAGAUGUCCAGAUGGAAAGGGCCAGAGUCAAAGAGGCCCUCAGCUGUCAGUCCUGUGAAGAGAAACCGGUCGUGGUUGUGAGUAACCUGAAGAAGCAGUACAAGGGCAGGAGAGAAGGAUUUUCUCUAAGCAAGAAGAGGAAGCUGGCCACAAAGAACGUCUCUUUCUGUGUCCGUAAAGGUGAAGUUCUUGGACUGUUGGGCCCCAACGGAGCAGGAAAGAGCACCAUCAUGCACAUGUUGGCAGGUGACACUGACCCCACUGCAGGCCAGGUGCUGCUGGGAGACUACAGCACUGAGUUUCGCUCAGUGGACAAUCCUCUGGAGCACGUGGGCUACUGUCCACAGGUGAACCCUCUGUGGCCUCGGGUCACUCUGCAGGAGCAUCUGGAGAUCUACGCCGCCAUUAAAGGCCUGAAAGGAGAGGACGUGCCGGGGAUCAUCAAACGUGUGGUGAAUGCUCUGGAGCUGAAGGACCACUUACACAAACAAGCCAAGACUCUGUCUGCAGGACUGAAGCGGAAGUUGUGCUUUGCCUUGAGCAUGAUCGGGAAUCCGCAGAUCGUCUUACUGGAUGAACCUUCAUCAGGGAUGGAUCCAAAGUCCAAACAGCGCAUGUGGAGGGCCAUGCGAGCCGCUUUUAAGAACCGUCAGCGUGGAGCCAUCCUGACCACUCACUACAUGGAGGAAGCCGAGGCUGUGUGCGACCGCGUCGCCAUCAUGGUUUCUGGGCAGCUGAGAUGUAUCGGUUCCAUCCAACAUUUAAAAGGAAAAUAUGGCCGCGGUUACAGUUUGGAGGUGAAACUUAGAGAAGAGCUGACGGGGCUCCAGCAGGUGGCGCUGUUGCAUAAGGAGAUCCUACGAAUAUUCCCUCACGCCGCUCGGCAGGAGAGCUUUGCUACGCUGAUGGUUUACAAGAUCCCCAUGGAGGACGUCCAAUCGCUGGCCAAGUCUUUCUCCCAGUUAGAGAGCGCCAAGCAAACCUUCAACUUUGAAGAGUACAACUUCUCCCAGUCCACCUUAGAGCAGGUGUUUAUGGAGUUUGCCAAGGAGCAGGAGAAUGAGGAGGACGAGGUGGGCUCCCUCAGCACAACUUUCCAGUGGCAGCGGCUGCGCCAGGACGGCUCCGUCUCGGUCAACCACACAGACAGCAUCGUGCACCAGCUCUGAACUCCACCCGAGAGGGAGCUGCCCGGUAACUGACCAGAAAACCGAAACUGCCAGGCUUCAGCGCCUGAGGGCUCACGCCAGCACUGCCCCACAAACUGCACGCCCACCGCCUUUAAAAUGAUCGUCAGACCUGUGUGGGUGGAGGGGGCGGGCCUUGCAUACACUGGGAUUGACUGUGUGUUUGGGCUGUUGUGGCCUCUUCCUGUGGGAGCGCAUGUGUGUGUUGCUGUCGUCCAUCGGUGCUUUCUGAUUCGCACUGACCGAGGGGCCUGCAGUCUUUCUCAGCACGCUGAUGCCACACUUACUCCUCUUUCUAAUGUUUUUUAUCUUCACAGGGAGUCCGUUAAAUGACGAA